AUGAGCAGCCGGAACGUGGGCGAACAAGCUACCACGACAUUCAGAAGCUCAACCUUUCUACGCAAACUUCUCCUCGAUUACCUUCAGAAUAUCGCCCCCCUUUUGCAUGGUGCUCAGGACGACGAGAAGCUCUUGUCUGCUUUAGGAACUACUUUUCCUCAUGAAUCCUUGAGAACUCUGGAGAAUCUCGGCUACGACAUUACUGAUAUCGCAACUUGGGCGUGGAUUUUCUCGUCGGACAACGUUGACCUUGCCUUUACGAAGUACCUUAUCCUGGCGCAAAAAGUACGUGAAUCUGGACAAGGUCGGAUACCGAAGUUCGUGUUCUUACAACUCCUUCGCGCGGAAAAUAUCAGUCCUUUUGCCCUGAAGGGAUUCAUAAAAAGUAUUUUAGCCGAUUUACAAAUCUGUUUGGAAGCCAAGGAGUAUCUUGGCUGGUCUUGGGUUACAAGAGUGUGCCUAGUUGUUCGGUUACUGCGACAUGCUCGGUCAGUGGCACCCGAGUGCUUCGAGGAUAUCAGUGUUGUCAUCAAGCACCUUUUCUCGGACUACUACAGUGUUCAUCCUCGUUCACUCGAGGGUCCGGAGUUGUUGCGCCUUUCCCACAUCUACAAUCGCUUCUUAUCAUUAAUAUCUCUGGCUCCUUACAAAACACCCUACAAUGCAUAUCUUUCACAGCAAAAUGCGCAACUCUCACUCGUCCGUCAAAUGUUCGAGUUCUCCCCACAGCUGCUACUGACGCGUGAGGGCUAUCGCGCUUUGAUUGCAGUCCAACUACUGCAUCCCAAAACGGGGCAGGAACGUUCCUGGGCUGAGGCCAAGUCUCUAUCUUGGCCCCCUUGGCGUCAUAUCAAGUCAGGAAUUGAACAGGAUCUCGAAUAUCCUGGGAAGGAGAGCCGUGUUAUCAAACUAUUGCAACGAAUGAAGACAGCAGGGUACUCUCAUGGCGACUGGGAAAGGAGCGCUGCUGUUCUAGCAGGGUGGGAUACGGACAGAAGCCCUACUAUUCAAACUCGCGCCAUACUGAUGCGCCAACGACGGCCGUGGCUUCUGUUACAGGGCUUUGGGAAGCAGGAAGAAAGUGAAACCAGCGACCCACCGGAACUUUGGGCGGCGCGCAUUCGAGCCACAAGAACAAAGCGAGAGGCAUGGGCAUCCUUUUGUUCCUACGAGAAAUCCAAACCCGCCUCCCAAACACACUAUCAACCAUAUUUUGCGAUGCUGGAGAAACUCCUCAAUUCAAGUAUUCAGCCAGAUUCUACGCUAGGCUGGAAAUACCUCGCAGGUGAUGUCAAAGAACCAUUUGAAGUCUCGGAAAAUCCCCGAGAGGUCAUUUAUGUUGAGACUGAGGUUCCCUCGGUGGAUGAAUUCUAUGAGCACAUGCUGCGGGCCGGGGUCAAACCAGCUGGUCAUCUUCUUGCGAGCCUUUUGAACCACUCUGUGAAGCUUGAAACUGGAUUUGGGUACGUUCAAGCUAGCCGAUGGGAUGAAGUCACAAAAGACGUGCUCCGCCACGCAGAGAAAUACCCAGCUUCCGUUAUUCGGGACAGUUUGAACAAAAUCCCCAGGUCCACUUUGGCUGCCUUCAUUGCGCUUAUGUGCAAGAGCGGACCCAAUGAUUCACUAGUAUUUCGUGACAUUGGAAGGAUGGACUUUGCUAUGGACCAAUUAGUCAAGAGAAAUCAUCAAGAUGUGCCUGCUUUGACAUACGCGUCGCAACUGCUGUUCGCUGCAGGCAUCACAGACAUGCGCGUCUGGAACGCCUUUGUAGAAGGGGCUUCGGUGAGCAUCGGAAAAUCACCGGCAAAUUACAAAGGUGCCGCAGCUAGAGCAGCUGUGUGGCGCCGCUUGAGAAGGAUUCUUUCCCCUGAGGAGAAGAGUCUUGACAUCCAUCCUGACCUCGACACCUUCCGCCAUUUGACAAAGACGCUGAACAUGAUGUUGAGGGACGUGAACAUGCGCAUCCCACCACAAAAUCUUGGCUCCCUUUCAAAGUCGACGUUCGCUCGAGCAAUCUAUGGUCGCAUGACAGCCUUUCUUCCUGGGCGUGAACGUACGCUCCUUGUCGUACCUGACUUGGAGGAUCUCAAACUCAUGAUCAGCAUCCUAGUGUCUGUUCAUGACAUCCGUGGCUUGCUUGUGCUUUUGAGAUGGGUCAAUGAGCAUGCCAUGGUGUUUGGGACAGAGAACAUUGCCUCCGAAUCCGAGUCUCAGAACACAGCGCACCUAAACCCGUCUCCGCUCCGUGAUGUACUCUGUGCCAUCAGACUCUUCCUCGAGGGUAGCUUAUUGAGUCUUGCCAAUUCUUCAUGCGGAGGAGAUGGUGGCAUGAGGUUUGAGAGUCCUUUGCCAAGUGAUGGCCGUGAUGUCUGGGAAGCACGGGAGCACUGUCGCGAGCUGGGCUGGCCGACAGACGACGAGGUCAGGGAUUUUCUUGCUCGCGAAGUGAAGUGGGUGGAGAGAGUCCGGCGCAAUGCGGAAUUGACAGCUCGCCGGAAGGCUAUGGCCAGUAGGAAAGCGCGGACCAUGCAAAGAGACGAGGUGGCUGUUGAGAUGACUGUUGCAUAA